AUGAUAAUAUUUGAAAUUAAUGGUUGUAGUCAAUAUUCAAUUGAAUUAAUCGGUAAAGGAUGUCAAUUAUUACUUGAACCAAAAAUUGAUCCAUUGCUAUUAAUAAAAACAAUUAAAUUAUUAUGGACCAAUAACACAAAUUACUACACAUUAAUUUUAUCAUCAAAUGGUGGUCAAAUAAUGAUUAUGUUAGAAUUUAUAUCAAAUAAACAAAUAUAUAAUUUUAAUGAAGAAAUUUUAUGCGAAAUUUCACGUGUUAAUCAAAAUAAUAAUACAAAUGAAUUAAUUAAUGAAAAAAUUAAUAAUAAAAUAAUUCAACCAAUUAAUAAUAUAUCAAAGAAUAUAACAAAUAUGUUAUUACCAUAUUUUAUUUAUAUGGUUCUUCAAUUGAAUAAACGUUUAAUAUUGAUUAAUUCUGGUGAUAAUGGUGCAAAAUUUGAAUGGGAUCAAUCAACGUUUACUUCAGAUUUGAUUAUUGAACCAUUGAAUGGAUUUAUUGGUUCAAGAUUAGAGGUACCAUUCACUUUAACCUUGAAACCGAGUAAAUUAACACGUGAAAUAAGAAUGGAGAAUGUAACAUGCCGAAUUCAAGGAACAGGAAAAAAGACAAUAACAAUUACAGGAGCAUGUGUACCACCGACAAUUAUUAAAGAAAUUCAACAAUUUUCAACUACAGUAAGACAAACUGAUAGUAAAAAUUUACAAAUUAUAAAUCGUACAAAUACUGACUGGCAAAUUAAACCAAUUAUCGAUGGUGAACAAUGGUCUGGAUCAAAGAUAAUUGAAAUACCAGCACAACAAACAGGAGUUUAUGAACUAAAGUAUAAACCUGUAACUAUGACUACAGAUGGAGUUAAACAUAAGGGUACAAUAUUCUUUCCAUUACCUGAUGGUACAGGAUUAUUAUACAAUUUAUCUGGAAUCUCUGAACCACCGAAAUCAAUGAUACGAAUAAAUCGUGAAAUUGAAUGUAAAAAACUACAUACAGAGGUUGUAGAAAUUCCGAAUUGGUUAAAUAUACCGCAAAGAUUUCAUAUCACUAAAGAGGUUCUACGUCCAGAUAAAUUAGAUCCAAGUACAACUAUUAAAGGAUUAAACUAUUUAGAUGUUCCAGGGGAUUCAAGUAAAGAAUAUAAUUUGAGUAUAUUCACAUAUCGAGAAGUUACAUUUACGAAUGAAAUAACUGGAGAAUAUCAAUUCUUUGAAGUAAACUUUAAAUCUAUUCGAAGGAAAAGCUUAGAUGUAAUUAGAAUGCAAACACUUGUUCGUAAACCAACCGUAUACACACUUACCUUAGAAAAUCCUUUAAUGAUACCAGUAAACUUUCAAAUGAGUACAAAUAUCUCUGAUGUUCAAUGCCCAAAUCAAUUACAAAUUCCUGCUAAUUGUGAAGGUAAUGUAACACUGGAAUACUUACCCAUUAAAGUUGGUCGUAAUUGUGGGAAAUUUGAAGCUGUAUGUAAUGAAUUAGGUUCAUUCACUUAUGAAUUGGAUUUACAAGCAACACCGGUUGGUAUUGAGUCUACUGUACAUUUUAGAACAACUAUUGGACAACGUCACUGUCAAACUGUUAAAUUUACAAAUAUGACAAAGAGUAAAACUGAAUUCAUUACAAAUAUCGAUAAUCCAGACUACCAUUGUGAGAAACAAUUGACUGUAGCACCUGGAGUUGAAGCAAUCUUAGAGGUUAUUUUUGAACCAACUACUAUAGGCAAUAGAAUAGCUAAUUUAUUAGUUACUAGUGUACAAGCUGGUGAGUAUAAUUUUCGUCUCAAAGGUACAGCAUUACCUCCACAACCUCAAGGUCCAAUAACAAUAAAAGCUGGAGAAACAAAACAUAUCAUCUUUCGAAAUGUUUUCCCUACAUCCAUACUUUACUCUUUCCAGGUUGAUAACACACUGUUCAAUCUGCCAAAACAAAGUGAAAUCAUAAGAUCUGGCAAAGAAUUCCGGAUCCCUAUCGGUCUUGAUAGUAAUAUCAUCAAGUCUCCAAUAACAGGUAAACUGGUUGUAACUGCAGUUCGUGCACAGUCCAGUGCACAGAUCACUCGUAAAGGCCAGACAAGUGGAAUUGUUGACAGUGUAAAUUCUUCAUCCUCAUCUUCAUCAUCACCACAACAGCAGCAACAGUCUACAAUCUCAGACUUGCGAUCUAGUGAAAAGGGUGAAGGAUUUCAGUGGGUGUAUUACCUUCGGGGUGUUACAUAUAGAAGACAGUACAUUGAACAAUAUUGA